AUGAAACUUAUCCAGGUGUUAUCAUUCCUCCAUGUAGAGAUCAUUGGUAGUAAUAAGGUGGUGGUAGUAGUCAACUACCAACCUUGUGGGCUUGACGAACUUGAACUGUGCCAGGGCGAUGUCAUUCGUGUCCUUUUCAAAGAUGAUGAGUCGCGGUGGUUUGGAAGGCUUCAGAAUGGGCAGCAAGGUUACUUCCCCGUGACUCAUGUGACAAAAUUUUACCAGAAGGAUGAGCCCGUGAAACUUUUUCCAAGCUCAUUACAGAGGAACUCAGUCCAGGCUGAGACUGCAGAUGUCCUUGGAGGCAGUACAGAGCUACGGUCCCAGAGGGGUGGGGAGGAAGGCCUUUUCCUGGCUCUGAGGCCUGGGGCCUCUCUCCCGCUAAUGGGGGACCCGGCCCACGGCUCCCCCAGCCUGCUCCGCAGGAUCCUGUCCAAGCCCAGGAGGGCCUGCGAAUGCCAGGGGGCCACGAACGGGGCCUUCGAACCCGACUGACUGGCUCAUGUCACUAGAUUACUAAGGGAU